UUCUAAGCUAACCAGCUUGUUACAAGCUCCUUUUCAUUAAGCUCUACACAGGUGUCGCCCGUCCACGUCUGGAGAAAAGUGGGCGUGUUCAACUAUGGUGGGUGCGUUUCCACCUCGCUGUACAAUCGGAUGAUCCUGGGUGGGCGGAGCCAAAUAUGAGGAAACGCUGCUCUAACUGAGCCCGGAGAAAACCGGCUGCGAGCAUCUUCUGUGGAUACGGUCGUCAUUCAUCCUCCACAUCACAACACGGUCCUCCGAGCUAAGGGUUCACUCUCCAUUGUAAAGAAGAGAUAAAUCGAACCGCUAUCAUCAGGCCUCUUCCUACGGCACAUUUGUAUGCUGUAGUGUUUGUGAAGGGCUUAGAGAUUAAGUUGUCAGAUAAACGGCUGCGUCAGGAUGGAGACGCAGAUACAUGUGCCCGUUGGCUCGCCCCUCAUUCAAAAAAUCCCCAUUUUUGUUGACGAACACAAUGUAACAGAGGGAGCGAUGAAACUCAUCAAAGAACUGAGACCGACGUGGGACCCCAGCAAUGUCCGCAUCAAGCUCUUCACAGAUGGGACUACCAACAAGCUAGUGGGCUGCUACGUGGAGGAAAGUCCCGAGGACGUUGUGCUGGUGCGAGUGUACGGCAACAAAACGGAGCUGAUUGUAGACCGAGACAAUGAGCUCAAAAGUUUUCAGGUGCUACAUGCUAACGGCUGUGCCCCCCGCCUCUACUGCACCUUUCUGAACGGCAUCUGCUAUGAGUUCAUGCAGGGGGAUGCUCUUGGGACGCAGGAUGUCAGGGAUCCUGCACUGCUCAGGUGUGAACAUGUCGGGGGCGCCUGUGAGCCCGGGGCCAAUGUUGAUGAAAAACUGAUAGCCAGGGAGAUGGCUCGUAUCCACGCCAUCCAUGCGCACAACGGCUGUAUUCCCAAACCCAACCUGUGGAUCAAGAUGAGGAAGUACUUCUCUCUUGUGGCCACAGAGUUUACUGAGGAGGCCUCUAACAUCAGGAUCCAGCAGGAGGUCCCCAGCAAGGCAGUGCUGGAGCAGGAGAUGGUGUGGAUGAAGGAGCAUCUGUCCACACUGGGCUCUCCAGUGGUGCUCUGCCACAACGACCUGCUCUGCAAAAACAUCAUCUACAACAACAAAGAGGGUCAUGUUCGGUUCAUUGACUAUGAAUACUCCAGCUACAACUACCAGGCCUUUGACAUCGGAAACCACUUCAAUGAAUUUGCAGGUAUGGCUGAGCCGGACUAUGGGCUGUAUCCAAAUCAGGAGAUGCAAAUGGAGUGGCUGAAGAUUUACCUGCAGGCGUACAAACUCUUCACCAAGAACACAGAGGAGGUCAGCGAGAGGGAGCUGGAAACUCUCUACGUACAGGUCAACAAGUUCGCUUUGGCUUCUCACUUUUUCUGGGGCUUCUGGGCUCUCAUUCAGGCGAAAUACUCCUCCAUCGAUUUUGACUUUCUUGGGUACGCUGUUCUUCGUUUCAACCAAUACUUUAAGACCAAACCUGCAGUGAUGGCCAUGCAGGUCCCAGAAUGAAAGGAGAGCGACGGCAACAUGGUCAAGAGAAGAAGACAGACAGGACGAUGUAUCGGGUUGUUUCCUUUCACACUUCUUCUGCAUGGUGGGAACUCUUAGAUCUACCUGGAAUCCUUCUCUGCAACCAGCACCUGUUCUCUCCUAUACUUCCUCUACACAUCUGCUUCAUGUCACAAGUGAUACGAGUUUCCUCGAGUCGUUCAUGUGUGAGCGAGUGUAUGCCUGUAUUUAUUAUUAAUUAAUCUGAAUAACUCUGACUCCAUACUUUCUAGGUAAAGAUCACUGACUAAAACACUAUUGUCAGACUACCUUCUAACAGUAGUCAUAUUUCUGUUUCCUUUACAGUUGACAGUUUUUGUUGUAAUUCGUCAGCUACAGGCUCUUGUUUUAUUGUUAUAUCCUAACUUUCUUGGCGCUGAGUGCCAUUUUGCACUGUAUUCCCAGGAACGACGUCGCCACACGUCACAGUAUGAGUGGAUGCAGCCUGUCUCUACGUCUGUUCAUCUAUUUCCAGCUGCUGCUUCUAAAAUGUGAGCUCUACUGUAGUAAGUGCUUUUGGACUUUUUCCCUGAAGGAGCAGACGCCAAGUCUGUGGAGCACAUAAUGGGAAAAAUCCAUUUUAAAACCAACCAAAUGUUCAAUCACCACUACAUACAGUAGACCCUCGGCCCUCGAAGACAAUUCAUUCCAGAAGGUUGUUCAAGAAUUAGUUUGAGAUCCGAAACUGUUUUUCCCAUUGGAAAUAAUGUCAAUAAUUUUUAUCUGUUUCAAGACCCCAAUAAGUCAAUAAGAAUUCAACUAAAAUCAAUAUUCAGUUAUUUGUGGUCUUUGCUUAGACACUUUAGACACACAGUUUCUUUGAUAGCAUCUUUGUUUUCAAUUAUGGUAAUAAUGGUCGAUUUGACCAUACCAUAUCAUUGGCCUGAUCAGUCACUCGUUACCCUCAUAAAUCAAACCUUCAUGCCAUCCAUCCAUCCGCUUAUCCAUUACUGGGUCGCGGGGACAGCAGUCUCCACGGCCGCCACCCAAAUCACACCGCAACGUACCAGCCCCUCGUGAACCUUCCUGCGGGGAGUGAGUCCACUGGAGGGCGCCAACCGCCCUAACCAGGGUUCGAUCUUGCCCGGGAGGUGAACCCUGGGGUUCCACACCAAUGACAGAGACAUUGCCUCUGGGCCAAAGUGCCACCAAACCUUCAUGCUUUGUGAUUAAUUCUUACUUCUUACUUAAAUCUGUUGUUUUCUGUACUACUUUCCUCUUCUCAGUGCCAGUAGAGGUAGUGAGGUGCACUUGCCGACUUUGGAGCCAUUAUAAGGGGCUUGUAGUGUACAGAAUAAAGAGAAACUGUGAAGCACAGCAAGGCGACAACAAACAGGUUGGUCGAGGUCCAAAUGUGGUUCGACCUUCGAGGCUAAAAUUUUUAUUGAACUGUUUGGGUGAAGUCCGAAUUAUACGAGGUCCAAGGGUCCACUGUAUAUCAGUCAGUCUUCUUUCCCAGUCAUAGAGAUACUUAUCAACUGUUGACAAAUGAAAAAAGGAGUGUCUGAGGUCACAGACAAACAUCAACAGAAGCUGAUGUUUGUCUUUGACCUCAAUAUUUCUGUCUGUGUGACUGUGACCAUGACUUAGUUCAUAGAACGUCUCCAAAAGGUCAGUGAAGUGAGAAGAUUUACGUGAUUUAAUAUGCAGUAACUUUGACCCAAUGUUUGUGAUUCAGUUUUAACUGAGCUUUAAAUAAUGUAUUAAGUUAAUUUAAAACAGAAAUUCAUUCCACUGCUCCUUUUAUUUAUUGACUUAAUGACCUGUUAAGAUUCACUCAGAGAACUGUUACAGCCCACAUGACAAGAAGUCACUGAUCUGACAUUUGUCACAAUGAAAUGAAGUAAUUCCUCAUUCAUACCCUAGGAGGCACUACUGAUUGUACUCUGUGAAGAUAAAGGGGAGUUGUAAAAAAUAUUUUAGUGACGUCACUUGAAUCAACUGUGUGGGCUGUGAAAAUACAAAGUUUUAAAAUAAAAAUUAAAAAAUCUACAGGAGAGAAUUUGGAUCCAU